AAAUAUUUAGCAUACCUAGAUGAGGGCAGCACAAAUCAAAAAUCAAGCAGAGAAGACACCGGCGUAAACGUAACCUUCUAUAGUGUUGUUUACAAUUACGCUUUUGGAAGAAAUAAUUUCUACUUUACAAAAUUACGUCGUAUAUAAAACGAGUUUCUGUAGCUGUAUGGGUGAUUGUUUUUGUACGAAAAAUUUAUUAGGACUACUAAAAGCUAAGUUUAUCAAGAAAUAAAAAAAUGACUCAAGAAUUAUUGAAACUUGAUGGUAGUCUUGGGGAAGGUGGAGGUCAGGUGUUGAGAAUUUCUUUGUGUUUAAGUGCUCUUUACAAAAUUCCUAUUGAGAUAAACAAUAUAAGAGUUGGCCGUCCAAAACCUGGGUUGCAAACUCAACAUCUCAAAGGAGUUCAAUUACUAAAAGAAAUGUACAAUGCUGAAGUGCAUGGAGCUGAAAUAGGCUCAACUUGCUUGAUAUUUAAACCAGGAUGUUUUAACAAUAAAAUACAAGAAUUUGUAGCCGACACUAAAACAGCUGGAUGCAUUGGUUUGCUCAUUCAAAUUGCCUUACCUUGUGCUCUGUUUUCAUCUAGAGCAGCAAUUUACAUUUUGAAAGGAGGAACAAAUGUGCCUUUUGGCCCUCACAUUGAGUAUUUCAAACAUAUUUUUAGACCUUUGCUGAACAGAUUUGGAGGUGACUUAGAGCUUGACAUCAUAAGAAAAGGAUUUUAUCCUCAAGGAGGUGGAGAAGUUCACAUGCGUGUAACUCCAGUUCAUAAUUUGAAAGGAAUUGAACUGUUAGAUGCUGGAAUACCAACAAACAUUAAAGGUUGGUCUUACACUGCCGGUGCUGUGAAUAUUAAUGAAGCUUAUAGAAUGGCAAAUGAUGCAAAGUCUACUAUUAAACAAGAGCUGUCUAAACGUGAUAUCAAUAUACCUCCAAUUGACAUACAAGCUUACAAAGAGCAAAGGGACAAUGCUAUAGGACAUGGAUCUGGCAUCAAUUUAAUGUGUAAAACUACAACAAAUUGCAUUUUUGGUGGCUCUGGUUUAGGUUCAAAACGUCCAGGUCCUGUUCCUCCUGGAAUUGAAGCUGCCAAUCAAGUCAUUGCUCCAAUUUUAAUUGAUUCUUGUGUGGAUGAACAUUUGCAAGAUCAGAUGAUUAUACUGAUGGUAUUGGCCAAGGGCCAUUCAAAGAUUAAUGUUGGCAAAAAAGAGCUGACCUGUCAUGCAGAAACAGCUAAGCAAGUUACAGAGAUCAUGUUAGGAGAUAAAGGACUCAGCUUUUCUCUGAGCAAAAAUGAAAAUGGUUCUUAUAUUCUAGAAUGCAAUGGCUUGGGAUUGUGUAAUGAAUAUCUGAAGUAAAUGCUUGGUUUUGUUAAUUUAUCACUAAGGCUAAAUCUACACAAAAAUUUGAACAAAUGGCUACUAAUGCUAAUAAUGCUAAUUAUGCUAAUAUUUCCUAUGAAUGAAGUAUCAUUGGAGAAGAUUUUUUUUUCAAUUUUAGUUCAGCCUUUGAGGUUUUGUUUCAUUGCAUUGCUUAUGUUUAAUGAUUUAAAAAUUUGAACGAUUGUCUUUAUCACAGCAUUUUUUUUCUUGAGUGAUAAUUAAAGCAAAAAAGAAUCUUCAAUAUAUAAACAUUUUUUGUUUUUAUAUAAAUUUUAUAAUGUUUGCAUAAAUUUUAACUCAGUCUUUAUUUAUUAAUCAAUUUA